AGAUUUUAGUAUGAAUAAUAAUAGGUCAUGGAUGUACAAAAGACUAGAAAGACGAGGAUUUCUAAAUGAUGAUUUCAAGGAAGGUGUCAAUGAGUUCAUCCAGACAUCGAUAAAUUUAUAUCCCAGUGGUGUCAUUGCAUGUCCAUGUAGAAAGUGUAAAAAUCGAAAAUGGUUGACUUCGGAUAUUGUCAAACAACACCUAUUUGAGAAAGGUUUUGUUGAUGACUAUUAUGUAUGGGCAGCGCAUGGAGAGACACCCAAUUCAAAUGGUCUGGUUUAUUUUGAUCAAGCCAACUCCUCCCAUGGUAAUGCAUCUGAGGUCCAAUAUGAUCCAUACAAAUCGAUGUUUGAGGAUGCAGUGUGGAAUAAAUUCCCAACAGAAAAUCAAGACGGUUUUCUUAUGAAUGAUGAGCCAAGUGUAGAAGCGAAGAAGAUGUAUGAGAUGCUAGAUAUGACAAGUCAAACAUGUUUUGAGGGUUGUCCAAUGACUGAGUUGAGCACAAUGAUUGAAAUGUUGAACAUAAAGACUGAGAUGAAUUUAUCUGAGGCUGCUACAGACAGAAUUGCUCAAUUUGUGAAUAGAUUUUUCCCAACUAAAAUCCCCAAUAGGCCUAUACAAAAUUUUAACAAAAUAAAAAGGAAGUUAUCUUCAUUGGGAAUGACAAGUCAGUCUAUUGAUUGUUGUCCAAAAGGAUGCAUGAUAUAUUGGAAAGGAGACAAUGAGCUAAUGGAGUGCAAGUUUUGCGGUGGUGCAAGAUACAGAGUUAGUAAGCAAACAAAAAAAGCAAUUCCACUUUCAAGAAUGGAGUACAUCCCACUCUCUCCUAGACUACAAAAGCUUUAUGAAUCAGAUACUACCGCAGAGAAAAUGAGGUGGCACAAAGUUCACCAUAAAGAAGAAGGAGUGAUGCGUCAUCCGUCAGAUGCAAAGGCGUGGACUCAUUUUGACAAUCUCCAUCCAGAUUUUGCUGAAGACCCGAGAAAUGUUAGGCUUGGAUUAUGCAGUGACGGCUUCCAGCCAUUUGGACAAUUUGGUCAAAAAUACUCUUGUUGGCCUAUCAUAGUGACACCAUACAACUUGCCUCCAGGUAUGUGUAUGAAGCAACAAUUUUUAUUUUUGUCUAUAUUGGUACCCUGACCAAGAAAUCCAACAAAGGGGAUAGAUGUGUAUUUGCAACCAUUGAUAGAAGAGUUAAAACAACUGUGGGACGUUGGAGUUAUAACAUAUGAUGCAUUCUCAAGAGAGAAUUUCAUUAUGCGAGCUGUUUUGCUAUGGACAAUUAGUGAUUUUCCCGCAAAUGUCAUGCUUUCUGGAUGGAGUACGAAGGGGAAAUUUGCAUGUCCAUGUUGUACCGAGUUUACUGAAGCCUAUUGGUUAUGACAUAGCAAAAAACAUAGUUGGUUUGAUAAUCAUAGAAAGUUCCUCCCAGGUGAUCAUCCAUUCCGGUUCGAUAAUGAGAACUUUACUAAGGGAAAAUCAAUCUUCUAUGGCCCUCUGUUACCAAGAGAUGGUUUAUAUUGCUAUGAUGAGUUGAGACUUACUGGUGAACACAUAAAUCCAUUGAAACUUUGUAAGACAUUUCAUCCCGAUAAAAGGAAAAAUGGAGAGCUAAUUGAUCAUUCAUCACACUCAGAAAUGAUGGAGGCCAUUAACAGGUUGUCUGACACUUUUCAUAAAGCUAAAAGUGAACAUUCUGAAUCAUCGGAAGCAGAAUUUGGGUUAUCC